AAAAGCCUGAAAGAAGAAACCGGAGUCGUGUCUUUUUGGUCGGUUAGCAGUUUUCAGCGCAAACAUGUUCCAGGCGGAGAGAUUAAACCUUUAAAUAUCAGCACAAACUCCGAAACAGGGCUGAUUUAAAGCGCGUACGACUCUCCGGUUCACACGCUGGGCUGUCCUGAGCGGGAGGUGUUGACAGAGAGAGCCAAGUCCAGCUGAUGUUUGGGCGAGCUAGGUUAACAGGCUAACACCGCGGAGCUCUGUCUGUCUGUCUUUCUGGUGUUGUGAUGUGAUGGACUUUGUGCUUGUGUGAGCUGCCGCCUUCACCAUGAGCGUCCCCUGCCUCCUCCUUCUCCUGCUGCUGCCGCCGUGCCUGUGUUUGCAGACCGAUGGUACGGCCAGACUUGUUGGCAGCCGGCCCAUUGAUGACCAGAACAACUGCGAUGAUUCAUACUGUUCACAGAAUCUUACCACAGAGUGUAACAAAGUCUUCCUGAAGGAUAACUCUACGUGUUUUUACCUGAACUGCUCCAAUGACGCUGCUUGUGAACGUUUGUUGGAAAAAAUUGGUCGGGAUGGUGGACCCAGUCAGGCCAAAGUAGCAAAACCUCUCCUAACAACCUCUGCUUCAUCACCACAUGCCCCUGAUGGUCCCACGACUACCCCUCCUGCCCCUGGUCCACCUCCAAAUGCUGCUAGAGAUCCUGACCCUCUGCGUCCCUCAUCCAGCGGUAACUCCACGUCCCUGAACCCCCUAAACUCCAGUAAUACCAACAGCUCUUCAGCAAAUGGGCAAAUUAAUCCCAGCAUCAACCCCGUUACUCCUCCAGUAAAGAACCUUUCAGCUCCUGCAGCAUCUCUCAAGCCGGAAAACACAUCAAUUGUUGACGAGGCUCACCCGGGCACGCUGGGCUCGGACAGUGUCCAGGCUCCCGGGGCCAGUGUGAACAAAACCACAGUCACAGAGAUCAAGGUCACCCCCGAACCGCCAACCACAGCUCCAGCUACCACUCUAGCUACCACAAAUGCCUCAAUGGCGCCACAAGCAACGCCUGCCAUGGCGACCACAGUCACCAUGACGAAUGCCACCACACCAUUGAUGACAACAGUAAAAGUUACCACCACAACACCAGCUCCAACCACAAUGAUGUCCUCCACCGUGCCACAGCCAGCACCUUCUAUAGUGGCUACAACCAGUCUGACACCCUUUUUACCCUCUACCCACAGUGUUACCCCUGCAGGGGGGCAGAAUCGCUCACCUACAAUGCCAAAGCCCCCCCAGAACCAUUCCGUAGGGCAGCUACCCAACCCUGAGAACAAAGAGAAAGACCAGGCUGGCCAAGCUGUGGUGGAAGCAGCUGGAGAACCAUUGACCAUUCACGUGGUCAAUACCAGCUCUCUUCUAGCCGUGCUGAUGUUCGGCCUCCUGUUCUUUGUCAUCACAGUCAUCCUCUUCCUCAGGCACGCCUACGAGAGCUACAAGAGAAAAGACUACACGCAGGUGGACUAUCUCAUCAACGGCAUGUACUCCGAUUCAGGGGUGUGAGUGUUUACAUUUCAACAGAAACGGUUCUGCGGUGAUUGUUUGCGGCGAUGUUGCUGAUUUAAAGCUGCUCAGACAGUGUUCGGUCAGAUGAAUGCAAAAGGCUCAAGAUCACGAGCAGAUCUCUCUCAUUUCUGCCACAAUUGAGCAGAUUUUGGAGCUUGACGGCCUUCAGUACGAGUUCCUUCAAUAAUGUAUAGCAUUUUUUUGUUUUUUCUAUGCAGAUAAAGCUUCCAUAAUUCUCGUCAUACAGGACUUGAGCCUUAGUCUUAACCCUUAAACCCUUAACCUUCUCCUCAAUGAAUGUCAUUCUAAGGGAUUGAUGGUGCAAUAUUUCUUUUUUUUUUGUUUGUUUGUUUUUCUGUUAAUGUCCAAUUACUCGAGCAACUAACAGUCAGGUUGCACUAGUUGCCUUUUUGCUGUUUUUUGUAUUCUGUGUUUAAUGGCCUUCAGUCAUUGUAGUCAUGACUAACCAACCUUAAUUUUUUUUUUUUUUUUUCCCUUUAAUCAUUCCACUUUUUUUUUUUUUUUUUUUUUUUUUUUUUUUUUUUUCUUCUUCUAUUCAUUUUCUCAAACCAUUCCACUCUUCGGAUCAAGAAUGGACGCCAAAAACGGUCACUGUGGCACUGAAGCACAUUAACGAAAAGCCAAGGGAAUUGUUUAGCCAUUAUGAACUUCAUUCCAGGGUUCAGAGGGAAGUUUGUUUUCUACUUUGAGUUUUGGAGGAUAUAAUGCAGGUGGAACAGCCUGAUCUGUGCCAAUCUAAAUCUGUAAGUUGUACUAAUGCACUUCAAAAAAUUAAAUGUUUACUUUGCAAAAAAAACAAAAAAGGAAUAAAUAUGAACAAAGAAUGGA